AGGUAUUGUUAUUACAAUUCAAAGACCUCAGGGUCAAUUCUCAGAAGUUUCAGCCCGAUUAUAUUUCAUAAGGAAGUUGAUGUUCUUAGUUUAUCGGAGUUGCUUACCGGUUUGUUGUAUGGUUACACAUCCAGACACUCUAUGCUUAGAGGAGAGUCUCGAUGGGGGGAACCGAUAGCCGUAAAAGGGCCGGAAAAAUCUAACCGUUGAGCGUGAAAAGUGACAAAUUUUAAACGAUAAUCAUAAAAAAAACUAACCGUAAAAACAAUUUCUGAUCACAACAAUGAAAUCAUACCGUUAGUCGUAGAAUGGCCAAAAUUUUAACCGUGAGCCGCAAAAGCCAAUGCUCCAUCGAGACCCCCAGCUAGAACCGCAUAAUUGAAUGCUCUGCACAUUCUGCACACAAAACGCCGCAUAUGUAGUAGCUCGUGCGAUUAUUUGGUCCAAGUCGUUUGUGAAAAAGAAAUGGAAAAAAUCAGAGAUGCACCGACCCUUAAAGUCUACAUGGACAUAUUAAAUUGUUCGAACCCAAUUUAUGAUUCUGCUAAUGGUGGUGAUGCUCCUGAGUGCUAUCAAUGGUACGAUCUCCCUGGUGAUGACACUGAGAGUACAGAUUGUUACUAUGGUGUGGGAGUUGGUUAUCGUGGCAACGUAAACAUAACUCAGUCUGGCCGUCCAUGUCAGUCUUGGAAAUCCCAGUGUCCUCAUCGUCACUGGCGGAUUCCUAAAGAUGUUGCUAUUUCAAAAUAUGACUCGAACAUGUGUCGUAACCCGGACAGCAGCGCCCCGGAUGGACCCUGGUGUUAUACCACUGACCCAAAUGUUCGAUGGGAAUAUUGCAAUGUAUCUCGAUGUGCGCUCAGAGUUCCAGAAGAGGCUCCCACACUCCUUAAAGGCCGUCCUUUCAAUUCAACCGCGAUUUUAAUCUCUUGGAAGAACAUACCGCCUUCUCGUCAUAAAGAAAAACUGUUGGGUUACCGGAUUCAAUACCGGAGCCUCUGGUCCGAGAUCUAUGAAAAAAUAAAUACCACAAGCAACUUGGCGCAAGAUGUUAUUACACAACUCUGUCGAAACACAGCAUACGUGAUUAUGGUCAAUGGCUUUAAUGAGAUUGGCCACGGGCCAACUAGCUCGGUCCUUGUAUUAAAAACCCUAUCCUCUGGUGAAUACAUAUUUGAGGUGGACUUCCAGUUAAUAAUCGACUCUAACUUCACCAGCGAUCUACUCAACAGUAGCAGUAAAAGGUUCUUGGAAACGACCGAGGUCACAAGAUCUUCAAUAAAACACCACUUCAAUGAAUCUUCUAUGUUGAAGAUAUAUGACGUCGUAACUAUACAGUUCAGAAAUGGCAGCGUAAGGGCAGACAUUAAAGUCCUUGUGACAAUAAAUACAAACACAACGGACAAAGAUGAUGCUCUGAAUUAUUUGAUAGGAGGGAUGCGUUCGUCAUUUGGAGAUCGACUUAAAGUUACUUCCAUAUUAGUUCAGGAAACACCGAGGCCUCCGAAAAAUUUUUUUGUAAGGAAUGCACAAUCAACAUACUUUAUUUUAACUUGGGAAGAGCCAGAAUAUAACGGCUUAUACCAAGUACGCGACUACAUCAUAGAACGAAAGAUAUCAAGACUGAAGAAAUUUACCGCCGUUUGGACAGUUCCAUACCCUGAAACCAGAAUGAUUAUAAAGAACUUAGAUCCUUCCACAGAAUACACCAUCAGAAUAUCAAGCAACAACAAGUAUGGAAGGUCAGAGGGUGUACUGUUAACACAGAACACACUGCCAGACAGAUUCAUCAGAGAUUUGAUGUUGGUUAUAGCCUUGCCCUUGUUCUUGGCUUCUGUAUUCAUAUUGGCCGUUUGCUUAAAGUUUCGACCAAUAUGUAAAUCAAAACAGAAGAAAGAAGAGAUUGAGUUCUCCAUCGAGUUUGGAAACUGGGUUGAAAUUCCCGGAUCAGAUGUCACUCUCCAAGACAAGCUGGGGGAAGGUGCGUUUGGAGAGGUUUACAAAGGUUUAGUGCGCCUGGGUGGACAAGAGAGAGCAUGCGCAGUAAAAAAACUAAAAGCGAAUGCCACAGAAACAGAGAGAAGGGACUUGAUAAACGAGCUCGCAAUCAUGGUCACAGUUGGGGUACAUCCUAAUGUAUUGAGCCUUAUUGGAGCUUGUACCAAGACUGAGUCAGUAUUGGUGAUUGUUCGUUUGGCCCCAAAUGGCUCUUUGUUGGACCAACUAAAGAGGAACAGAGUAAAUCCAUAUUACAAUGUUACGGAUAAACAAAUAAACUUCACGCCGCAAGACAAAGUGAAGAUAGCCAGAGAUGUAGCCUGUGGAAUGUUACACCUAUCCAACAAAAAGUGUGUUUAUCGUGACCUUGCAGCAAGAAACGUGCUUCUAGGCGAGAAUAAUGUUGCCAUGGUCUCCGACUUUGGCUUGUCACGUGAUGUGUACGAGAGUGGUGAAUACGAAAAUACAUCUGGGGGUAUGUUACCAGUUCGUUGGAUGGCUCUUGAGUCUUUGGAGGAUUACACCUACAACACUAAGACAGACGUAUGGUCCUUUGGAGUGUUAUUAUGGGAGAUUCAAUCUGGAGGUAAAAUGCCGUAUUCUGGUCUUAGCGGAAUGGAAAUAAUCGAAUUUCUGAAAACAGGACAAAUAUUAACAAAGCCGGAUGGAUGCCCAACUGAAAUCUACGAUAUUAUGAGGUCAUGCUGGAGUUUGGAUCCUACAAAGCGUUCAUCAUUUUCUGAACUUUUGCAAUCACUCGAGGAAGAAUUGAAAACGAAAGAUGACCUCAUGGAGGAUAAGAGCGACCAUGACUUUGAAAAAAGCUGAGUGGUUUUUGAAAAUAAAGAUCAGAUCAGAUCUAGAGGGAAUCAAAGAUGACCUAAUUUUUAUUGCAAGUUAAUUAUGUGGACAAUAAAAUUUAGGUGGAGUCAUUUAUAAGAAUGUUCAUCUUGUAUGUUGACUUAGUUGUUGGUGUGUUGUGCUUACUUGCACUUGAGCGAUAGAACAGGACCUCGUUCAUGUUAGAAGCGGCUAGAACACUAAUUUAAAGUCGAGAUAAAAGAAAAGACAUGUUUUUGCAAUGAAUGAUCGUACAAAAGAACACAUUUUCAAAGUAAAAGUUAUUUAGAAUGUAGACAAUGUAGACAGUAAAGACGUAACAAAUUAUAGCUACAGUGUAGAGAUGAUGACCUAUCAACUCGGACUGCAAGUGACAAACUCCACUUACGUUUUCUAUUUUUAACAUUGUACAACAUGAGAUACAGUUCAUUUGAUUAUGGUUCGUAGUAUACCAGAGUCGGUUAGAGCUACUGUAUCAAGGAUCUUAACAGACUUGCCUGUAGCCUCUUAAAAGUCAUUCAAACUGAAAAUAGUUUAUUUCGUUUUGAGGUUCUUUAGCCUUCUCUGUUCAUGUGAAUCACUCUUUUAUAAGCAGUAGUUUUCUCUAAGUGGCUACUAUCAUUGAGUAAAGGUUAUCUCUCAGAA